AUGGUAUUGGGACUUUCGCGAUACAAAGACGACGCCUACAGAUAUGGCAACUCCUAUCAUCCGAACUAUUCAUACUUCGAUCCGCUCUCUGGCGUCUACUUCUAUGCUGCUUUCUUCUGGUUGUUCUGCCUUGUCUUCAACAUUUCGCUUUUGUGGUGCCGACGACCGAGAAAUGGGGAGGAUGUCGAUCCGGAGAUUGCCGAGUAUCAACGCGUCCGAAAACAAUCGUCGUCAAAGGAGCCGAUUCUUGUCAAGCAUAGUGAAAGCGAACGCGAGUUUAUCACUUCCCGUCGUGAACUGCUAAAGAGUAAAUCGACGCCUCUGCGUCCCGCGAAUCUUUCAAGCACAUUGCCAGCAGUCAAAGAUGUUCAAAGCACAAAUGAAAAGAUGGCAACGACCCCGCAAAGCAAAAAGAUG